CCUCAAUGCUGGCAGAACACCCGCCGUUAUCUCCGUGGACGGUUCUGCGGGAGGCAUCGAGGAGCACACGUACUCGUCCCGCACGACGGCUCCCAAGACGGACGCCGCCCCAUCUGGUCACUGGGAAUGGGCAAGCCACGCCCCUCAACUAGCGCUUGCGCUCCGCACCUUCUCCCCGUCUAUUCGGCUGCACGAUCCCGGGGUUCGCACGGCACCGCUGUCGAGCUCACGCAUCUUCAAUUGCCCUUAUAUUGCAUAGCCGCCCCACCCCCAUCUUGUCCCAGUCGCACCCGCUGCCGUGGUGCAUGCCCUGACGCGCAUCUUUGGCUGGCUGCGAUCCGGUCCACGUGGUAGCAACGGCCCUCGUAGCUUCCGACUCGUUUUGCGACAGACUGCGCUGCUAUGUUUGUGCUCCCACCUCCACCCAGGUACCCUGUCGCGGGCUAUCCUGGCGCCCCGGGCGGCGGACAGCUUAUCGAAACGAACAACACCCUCACCCAUCCCACCGGGCCUGAGCACCAAUUGGUUGUUGGCGAAGGCACAUAUGUACUUCGAGACAACCUCCACCUAGCCACGCCGCCGCCGCACCCUUCGGAGGCGCCCGUACACAACCCGAACCCACUCGCGACCACAGUCUCCCCGCCGACGGCAGGAACGAAGUUAUCCAUCGUAGUGGUGGCGCCUCGCCAGCAGUCGCAUUCUCGAUUAUUCCGGCUUGAUACCGCCAACAGCACGCGUUCGCAGGUACCACCAAGUAUACAAGAGUCCCCGAACGAAUCGAAUAGCCAGGCCAGCGAUGCGGGCUCGCAGAGCGUCAACGGCAACGGUGUCACUGCAGCUCCGCGCGAAGGCCUCCAUGCCCCUGCGUUUGGGUCGGGGAACUCGGCGCUGGCAGUUUUAAAUGGAAAAGACAGCAAGGAUCCACUCAAGAGGCGGAAGCCGAAGAGCAACAUUGUCAAGAGCAAUUCAUCUUUUGUUUCGAGAGUCAUUCCCCACGAAGCCCUCACCAAGCGGCUACAAGAACACAACCCCAACGGACUAUACGCUUUCGCGAACGUCAACCGCGCUUUGCAGUGGCUUGACUUGACCUCUUCGACCAAGGAGGAACAUUUCACCAAGAUAUUAUUCACCAAGGCACACGCGCUGUGUCAUGACGUGAACCAAAGCACAAAGGGACCGGGACACGUCGACAUCAUUUUAGGUUUUUCAACAGGCGACAUCAUAUGGUAUGAACCCAUGUCGCAGAAAUACACGCGCAUCAAUAAGAACGGAGCGAUCAACAGCACUGCCGUGUCAGACAUUCGAUGGCUUCCUAACAGCGAAAACCUGUUUCUCGCAGCGCAUAUGGACGGAAGUCUCAUCGUAUACGACAAGGAGAAAGAAGACGCGCCAUUCGUUGCCGAAGACCAGGAGCAAGUCCAGGCCGAAACGGAGAAGAAGGCGCGACUUGUUGUAAAGAAGUCGGUAAAUUCAAAGAAUCAGAAAUUCAAUCCGGUGUCGUACUGGAAGACAUCAAAUUCGAAGAUUAACGCAUUUGCCUUCUCGCCAGACUGCCGACACGUUGCAGUAGUGUCGGAGGAUGGCUCGUUUCGCAUCAUUGAUUUCCUAAAAGAACAAUUGCUACAUCAGUACAUGAGCUAUUAUGGCGGCAUGAUAUGCGUAUGCUGGUCUCCGGACGGAAGAUAUGUUGUGACUGGAGGCCAAGACGACCUCGUCUCCAUCUGGUCGCUGGAAGAUAGCAUGCUGGUGGCGCGUUGUCAGGGACAUAACUCGUGGGUUACUGCAGUGCAAUUCGAUCCCUGGCGAUGUGACGAGCGCAAUUAUCGUAUUGGAAGUGUUGGGGAAGACUGCCGGCUACUUCUGUGGGACUUCAGCGUUGGCAUGCUCCACAGGCCGCGAGCGGCAUCAGUGAGACAGCGCAGCAGCGUCACGUCGGCGACACUCAAGAUGCAACGCACGCGGACAGAUGGGUCGAACACGCGGUUGCGAUCUAACUCGAACCUCACAUCGGGAAGCAUGCUGGACGAGGAAGAGGUUGUGCACGAAGUCGAGCCUCGGGCGCGAACGGCAAUGCUGCCGCCAGUUAUGGCGAAAAAGGUCGACGAGCAUCCGCUGUGCUGGCUAGGAUUCGAGGAAGAUUGCAUCAUGACAUCGUGCAGCAAUGGACACAUUCGAACGUACGACCGGCCGAAGGAGGGCGCCGGCAGCGAAGAGGUCUCGACGACAGCGAGCGCGAGCAACGCGUAGGACAUGGAGACAGCUUGUACAGCGGCCGUGGGUUUGGGGGGCGCGUCAGAAGCGUGAGUACCAGCACACAGGCGCGCGUUGCUAGCUUGCGAUUGCGAGGCAGCGGCCGAGAAGAGUGGAUGAUCUGAGGCGGCUGGCGACAGGGGCUGUUGGAGAGAGGGCCAAACCGAGUGGGUUUGCGCACUGGCACCCUGGUGUUCGGAACCCAGAUAGCGACAUGCUCCCGGCAUUAUCCGAUUCACAUGCACAAGGCC